AUGAGUGGACCCGGAGGAUUUUAUUCCACAUUACAUUUUUCACAUUUAUUUGGACCACCACCACCGGAUAUUUUAUUUCCUCAUUUAUGGAAUACUGUUCGUACAGGUGCUGAACGUCACUCCCCAUCACAUACUCCAACCUCUGAAUCGACUGUACAAUCAACCAGUUUCCCAUUCGAUGAAGGCCGGAGUGAGGUCCAUCACAGUUCAUUCAAUCACUGGAAUAUUUUCACUGGUCCUGUGCCCACGCUUGAUCUGGAAGUGCCGAACAGAAUGGGUCCACAACGGACGGUCUCAUCGCACUCUGUCAUAAAUUCUUCUGGAAAGUCGUUCUCAGUGGAACAACGUCUUGGAGCACAACUCGAUCGGGGGACUCUCCACACUGGAAAGCGCGGGUAUUGUGGUCACUCAUCCUCACUUUUUGAGGACAAAAACCUAUCUUCUAGGGAAAAAACGCAAAGGUUAUCUAGGAGUCUAGAAAAUCAAGCUGGCCAGCUCAAUGUGACAUCUGGUCCCAAUGGCAAAACAUCCACAGCAGCCAUACACAAUGAGUGGAAUACGCUAAAUUACGCCGGUGACCAGAGUUUACGCGCAAAGCUUCUAGCCAAGAACUUCACAAAACAAACUGCGUAUCGCUCGCCCAACGACAGCAAACAAGCUGACCUGAGGAAACGAAGCAAAGCUAGUGAAGAUGAGGAGGAUGAAGCAGAUGAUGACGAAGAUGAAGAGGCCGACGAACUCGACCUCAAUUCGAAGUACGGUCAGAAUGUGGAGUGCGUAGUGUGUGGAGAUAAAAGUAGCGGGAAGCAUUAUGGACAGCAUACGUGCGAGGGCUGCAAAAGCUUCUUCAAGCGUUCAGUGAGACGUAAGCUGACCUACACUUGUCGCGGUACACGACAAUGUCCCAUUGAUGUGCAUCAUCGGAACCAGUGUCAAUAUUGCCGAUUUCAAAAGUGCGUAAGGGCGGGAAUGCGCAAAGAAGCUGUGCAACAAGGACGGCUACCGUCGUACCCACUCAUCUAUAAUUCGUACUAUGGUACUGCAAGCUACCUGGGUCCAAUGGCAACGGCCAUGAAUUGUAUGAACAACCUGAAUGUGUCGAAUUUCUACGCUCAGUUUCUCACCAUGCUGCUCAGAGCGGAACCGGUAUCUCAUCGUCAUUCGCAAGUCUCUCUGGCCUACUUACGACGCAUAGGCGCUGAGUGGCUCUGUCUCCCAACAAAAUCGGACAACGAACCACGAGAGAAAAAUCUGAAGCACGAAGGACCUAUGCGCCAACAGAAUACCAACGGGGAUUUGGCUGAGAAAGAACGAGAAAAACGUUCGAUCAACUGUGAUACCGAUUUUGCCGUCAGAGUGAUCUUGGCUUCAGUGGAGUGGGCAAAAAAUAUACCACUGUUUACGGGACUUCCGAAGUGCAAUAUAAUCUGCCUAGCUGUGCAACAAGGACGGCUACCGUCGUACCCACUCAUCUAUAAUUCGUACUAUGGUACUGCAAGCUACCUGGGUCCAAUGGCAACGGCCAUGAAUUGUAUGAACAACCUGAAUGUGUCGAAUUUCUACGCUCAGUUUCUCACCAUGCUGCUCAGAGCGGAACCGGUAUCUCAUCGUCAUUCGCAAGUCUCUCUGGCCUACUUACGACGCAUAGGCGCUGAGUGGCUCUGUCUCCCAACAAAAUCGGACAACGAACCACGAGAGAAAAAUCUGAAGCACGAAGGACCUAUGCGCCAACAGAAUACCAACGGGGAUUUGGCUGAGAAAGAACGAGAAAAACGUUCGAUCAACUGUGAUACCGAUUUUGCCGUCAGAGUGAUCUUGGCUUCAGUGGAGUGGGCAAAAAAUAUACCACUGUUUACGGGACUUCCG